AUGGAUUUUCAACAUCGAGCUGGAGGUAAAACCGGUGGUGGUGGUGUAGCUAGUGCGUCGGAGUCGAAUCGCGAUCGACGCGAGCGACUUCGGCAAUUAGCUUUGGAAACGAUCAAUCUUUCUAAAGAUCCCUAUUUUAUGAAAAAUCAUUUGGGAACUUAUGAAUGCAAACUUUGUUUGACUUUACAUAAUAACGAAGGUUCCUACUUGGCACAUACACAAGGAAAAAAACAUCAGUCGAAUUUAGCUCGACGUGCUGCUCGUGAAAAUCAACAAUUAACUGAUAGUGUUCAACCAAUCAAGCCUCAUUAUGAAGUUCGUAAAUUCAUCAAAAUCGGUCGUCCAGGUUAUAAAGUAACCAAACAACGUGAUCCAGACACAAAACAACAAUCGCUUCUUUUUCAAAUUGAUUAUCCGGAAAUAUCGGAUAAUAUUGUUCCAAAACAUCGUUUUAUGUCAGGUUUUGAACAACAUGUCGAAGCGCCGGAUCGUCGCUGGCAAUAUUUAUUAUUUGCUGCUGAGCCCUACGAAACAAUCGCUUUUAAAAUUCCAAGCCGCGAGGUUGAUAAAUCCGAAGGAAAGUUUUGGACAUCCUACAAUAUCGAAACAAAACAGUUUUUCCUUCAAUUCGCUUUUAAACUCGAAUCAAAUAAAUACAGCAGCGAUCAUUCAUCCAGUGCACGAUCAAAAAGAUUGAUCAAUACCACAAAUCAAAUUGAUAUUCUCACAAUUAAUCAGUGUUGA